GUGACGUCACGGCGGUGUCUAAUGGCUGAACAACAACUCAGCGAGAGACAAAGUUUCCCAAACUCCCACGGAGACGAGAGAAAGUUGGAAUUAGCUCGUUGUUCAGGUUCCGUCCCAGUUUAGACGAGUUCGUUUCUUUGUCGUCACUGAUGUGGAGUCACUGAUGGAUCCACGGUUUGAUAUCCCGCGGAGGGCCGCCGGUGGUGGCGGGGGCUCCGCGAACUCGUCGCCCGCCCUGGGGGCUCAGUCGCGCCGCAGGAAGAUGCCUCCGCGCCCCGCUGAUUUCAAACUGCAGAUCAUCAUCAUCGGCUCCCGCGGGGUCGGUAAGACCAGCCUCAUGGAGCGAUACACGGACGACACCUUCUGCGAAGCGUGCAAGUCGACAGUCGGAGUUGACUUCAAAAUCAAGACAGUUGAGCUGAGAGGGAGGAAGAUCCGACUACAGAUAUGGGACACUGCGGGCCAGGAGAGGUUCAACAGCAUCACAUCAGCUUACUACAGAGGCGCUAAGGGAAUAGUGAUUGUGUAUGACAUCACGAAGCAGGAGACGUUUGAAGACCUUCCCAAGUGGAUGAAAAUGAUAGACAAGUAUGCAUCAGAGGAAGCAGAGCUUCUCCUGGUCGGGAACAAGCUGGACUGUGAGAGCGAUCGUAUCAUCUCCAGACAGCAGGGAGAGCGGUUUGCCUCUCGAAUCAGUGGAAUGCGCUUCUGCGAAGCUAGUGCCAAGGAUAACUUUAAUGUGGAUGAGAUCUUCCUGAAGCUUGUGGAUGACAUUCUUAGCAAGAUGCCUCUGGAAGUUCCCAACAAGGAGCUUUCCAACAGUGUCCUGUCUCUGCAGCCUGAACCGGAAGUGCCUCCAGAGUUGCCCCCACCUCGCAUGCGCUGUUGCUGAGAGUGGUCCCACACACACACACACACACACACACACACACACACUACACUACACUACACUACACUACACUACACACACACAGCUCACACAUGCAGAUCACCAAUCUGGCCACCAGGGGGCAGGACGCGGCAGCAGUUUGGAAUUCUUGACUACUGCUCUAUAAAUUCAUGGACUUUCUUUUAACAACCAGUAUCAUGUUAUCCCUGUUUCUCCUCCUGUUUUGUAGCUGAACACUAUGACAUGUGCCAUAUUAACACGUGAGUCACCCACCUCCUACCACCUUUCUGUUGACAUUUGACCCAGACUACCUCAUUCCUCUGACCGAUAGACGAGCUGUGCCCCUCAGGUGCCUUCAAGUCGGAGAGCCCUCUGGUAGCAGUUGCACAUUUUCUAUGGAGAGGGGGUUAUUGAGGGCCCUACAGCUUGUUGUCUUGCUGUUUCAUUUUGUCACCACACAUACUGUGUACACUAAGUUUUAACGUAGUCUGAGUCGCCCUGACAGUCUGUUAUAUCACAGAAAAUCAGCUUCGGUUCAAUUCUGGGUCUCGGUACAGUAGUUAUAUAUUCUUAUUAAUAAGUAUUUUUACCAAGUGAGGAGUUGACUUGAGAUAAACAAAGCACAUGAUGUAAAUAUGGUGUGUUGCUGUAAUGACUGGACAAAGUGCAGAUUUUCGUGGCCGGCAGCGGGUGGUCGUGUGGUGGUGAUCGGUUACUAUUCCUUUGCCUUAAAGUAUUAAAGUGGCUGGAACAGCUCCCUUUGCGUUUCUAAAAACGGUAAUGUUUUGCACUACGAUCCAUCGUAACUAGUCAAGCUUACGUGCAGAAAAAGAAAAAGCACACGAUUCGUAGAUUAGCACUAACAACGAUCAAUGUUGCCUCAGUAGUGGCCGCUCACAACUCUUCCACAUCCUGUUAGAGAGGAGAGAUGGGUAAUGGAGUCUUUGGUGGACUGGAGCCUUCAAAGGGACAAUUUCCACGUGUGUUGCUGUUUUUUUGAGGGAAUAGAGACAGAAAGAAACUACACAGGCACAUUUUUUAAAGUUUUAAGCUUCGUUCUUUGGUUUUGUUACUAAUAUUUGUAAUUGUUUUGUUUUGGUGUUUUUUUCCUUUGGAUUCAAAUACAGUCGAGAGAAAGAUGCGUGCGUCUCCCUUUGCUGGGGAAAGAUCAGGAUUUGUGUGGUAUUUGAAUAUGAAAGAAAACUAUUUGUGCAGCUUUUAUUGCUUCGAGUUUCAUAUCAAAUUAUAAAAGAAGCAUUUUCAUAAAAAUCCAGCUUGAAGGGAAUGUUUGUGUUUUUUUUUAGAGGUUAGCUAGUUUGAAUUUAUGAUUUGGCCGUUUAUUAUGGACCAGUGAUAUCUCAUCAGUUGUGUCAACAAUACAAGGCAAUGCACGUUAAGCUCUCUUGUUGUUCAUGUAGACAUUAAUAAUCAUUUAAUUCCCAUUUAAUUCCUGCAGUAUGAGAAAUGUGCACUGUGGGUGUUUCUGUUUUGCUGCUACAUGUUGAGGUUAAAGCCCACGAGAAGGACGAGCCCAUUCAGAAGAUUUGGAAUUGAUAAAGCAGACUCUCUAUUAGAUUAGUUUUAUUUGAAGUUUUAUAUUCAGCUCAAGCUUUUGUGGACCGGAUUGUAACAAAUGAAUAGUUUCAUACCAAAAGAAAAAUAUUGUAAAUGUGACACUGACAUCCCAGCACAUCUUCCAGUGAGAUUAGCAGCUAGCAAAUGACCUUUACAGACAAAUGAUCUCCCAGUUUUGUCUGAAGCAGUGAGUUGUAAACUUUUCUCCUGACGUUGUUUUUUGUUGUCGAACAAAACCCUUCGUCUCUCCGCCUACCUGACAUUUAGCAUUCACCACUAACCCUGAGGUCUUUGUUUUUAGUAGCUAAGCCUUAUACUACUCAAUGUUUUAAAUAUACGUUUUUAAACAAAUGCUUUUAUUGAAAUUGAAAUGCGUAUCCUUUAAGAUGGAAGACUGUACUUUGUAUUAAACCUGUUUCAAGUCUUUGAAAAAAGUUUUCGGCAUGUUUAAAGUUGAUUUGUGGUAUUUAUAACUUGUGGCAUUCUUGAACUAAUGAAUUGCAAUUAAAGAUAUCUAUAUUUAUUACCAAA